AUGGGAGUAUCUUCAGCCAAUGGUGGGGGCUUGUCGUUGAUCGCUGUCGUAUCGCGGUGCGGUGCAAAAUUUCUGUUAAUGCUUUCUCUGGCAGGAACGGGAGGAAUGUCGAGGUUGUCCACCGGGUCAGUAUCCAUAGCUGGAAAUUUAUACUGCUUGGCAGGGUCUUUUGCCACUUUGGUUGCAGUGACAGUCCUAUCAGACUCAAGUAAAUCUGUGGGAGGGGUGGGUCUGGCUGGCGGAUUCGCCUCGGCUGGCGGAUGUAUCUCUGUUAGUAAAUCUGCCUCGGUUUUGAGAGGUAUUGGUGCUUACCGCAUGGUAAGUUCUUUCCCAUGCUGGGACGCGUCAUCGUCGUCAGAAGAAUCAACUAAGUUGUGCGGCCGUUUCCUCUGCCGAACUGGCGGUGCAAUGACCAGUUCCUCCAUCUCGAUGUCUUCUCUGUUCGCGAUUCUCUCUGCUAACUCCUUCGCUUUUUGA